AUGUCACAAGCCGUUGCGGCUCUAGUUCACGCAGCUCAGCUGAGGGACACGAGUAGCACGUCUUCGGCGCUGCCCCCCAUCACCGACGACUACCCGUAUCCUUACUCGUCUUUGCAGCAUGUCGGUUUCUUUAUACUGUUUUUUUUCCCAGCGAUUGCCCUCGUCGUGGUAGGCCUACGGGUAUAUAGUCGAGUCACGACCAAACAGUUUGGCUGGGACGAUGGUUUGAUAUGUUUUGCCAUGGCAGAUUCCAUGGCCGAAACGGCGGCAUCGUACAUGGGCAUGCGGCUGAGCUUCCUCGGCGUCCACGUCAGCGACAUUCCCCCAGAGGCCGACAGCCGGCUGGGCAGUCUCUGGGACUACAUCAUUCAGCUGCUGUAUAACCCGAUCCUGGCCAUCGUCAAGACGUCGGUGCUGCUGUUCCUUCUGCGGCUGAGCGGCCAGAAGAGAUCGAUCCGCUACGCCAUCCACGCGCUCAAUGUCUUCAACAUUGCGCUCGGGAUCGCCAUCUUCACGGUAGUAGUCUUCCAGUGCCAACCCAUCAGCUACUUUUGGGAAAAGGCCGGCCGAAACCCGCCGACGGAGGGCAAGUGUAUCGACACAGCCGCCUUUUACGUCAGUACCGUCUGCCUCACCAUCUUUACCGACGUGCUGGCCCUGGCCCUGCCCUUUUGGAUCUUUCUCGGGCUCAAGAUGCCUCUCCGCGUGAAGAUGGCGCUCCUUGGCGUAUUUGGCCUUGGAGUUGUUGUCACCGCCGUCAGCGUCCUCCGCCUGGCAUGGCUGAUUGAGGUCUCGUACCAUAUCAACAAGCAGGACCCGACGUACGACAUCCGCUUCACCUACUCGGCCGUCGAGACGAAUCUGGCCAUCAUCGCGGCCUCGGCGCCCGCGCUGCGCGGCCUCUUCCUCCGCUGGUUCCCCAAGUUCUUCGCCUCCCUCAAGAGCUCCUCCAACGGCCGCGACGGCUACGGCCGCAGCGGCGACCCUACCAAAAAGUCCCGCGCGACAGGCCCGGCCACGGCUACCCGAGGCCGCUCCAACACGACGAACCACGACAACACGUUCCAGCUCAAGAGCAUGAAGGGCCGGUCCGAGAUCCGGGGCCACUCGCCGACAACGAGCGAGGAGGAGAUUAUGACGUACGACGGCAUCAUGCGCACGACCGAGGUGAAUGUCGUGUACGACGAACGGUGA